AUGGUUCCCAUUAGGUUGACAUCUCCUCCGACCGAUACUCUUCGGCUGACAGCUCCUCUGACGGAUCCUCCUCGGCUGACAGCUCCUCCAACGGAUCUCUUCGCUGGCAGUUCUUCUCACGGUCCUUUUCGGCUGACACUUCUUGGACUGCUCCUCUUGACCUGGCAGUUCCCCUGCCGUCUCCUCUUCAGUUGGCAGCUCCUCCGACGUGCCUUUUUAGCUGACAGCUCUUCCGACAGUUCUUUGGCUGACAGCUCUUCCGACGGUUCCUAUUUGGAUGGCCAUUCUUCGGAUUGCUCCUCUGCGGCUGCCAGCUCCUCCGACGUUCCUCCUCGGCUGCCAGCUCCGCCGAUGGAUCCUCCUCGGCUGACACUUCCUCGAACGGUUCUCCUUCGGCUGCCAGCUCCUCCAAUGGUUCCUCUUCAUCUGCCAGCUCCUCCGACAGAUUCUCCACAGCUGGCAGCUCUUCCGACGAUUCCUCUUCGGCUGACACCUCCUCGCAUGACUCCACGUGGGCUAGCAGCUCCCCGCAUGGUUCCCAUUAGGUUGACAUCUCCUCCGACCGAUACUCUUUGGCUGACAGCUCCUCCGACCGUUCCUCUUAUGCUGACAGCUCCUCAGACGGCUCCUCUUCGGCUGACAGUUCCUCAGACGGUUCCUCUUCGGCUGAUACCUCCUACUACAGAUCCUCUUCGGCUGACAGCUACUCAUAGUGCUCCUCUUUGGCUGGCAGGUCCUCUGAAGGAUCCUUUUCAUCUAGCAGCUCCUUGGACUGCUCGUCUUCGCUCCUCGAACUGUUCCUCUUCAGCUGACAGCUCCUUCGACAGUUCCUCUUCGGCUGACAGCUCCUCGAACUGCUCCUCACCGGCUUACAGCUCCUUGGAUUGCUCCUCCUCGGCUGGCAGUUCCUUCGACGGCUCCUAUUUGGCUGACAGUUCCUCUGACUAUUCCUCAUCAGCUGUCAGCUUCUCGAACUGCUCCUCUUCAGCUGGCAGCUCCUCCGACGGUCUUCUUUGUCUAGCAGCUCCUCAAACUACUCCUCCAAGUUCCUUUAGCUCCUCGAUGCUCCUUUUCAGCUGGCAGCUCCUUGAAUUGCGCCUCUUCGGCUGCUCCUCGAACUGCUCCCCUUCAGCUCGCAGCUCCACCAACGGAUCCUCUUCAGCUCCUCAAAUUGCUCAUCUUCGGCUGGCAGAUUCUCGAAUUGCUCCUCUUCAGCUGACAGCCCCUCUGAUGCUCCUCGAACUGCUCCUAUUCGGCUGGCAGCUCCUUCGACAGUGCUUCUUUGGCAGCUCUUCCAAUGGUCCUCUGUGGGUGGCAGUUUCUUGGUCUGCUCCUCUUCAGGUGACAGCUCCUCAGACUGCUUUUUGGCUGGUAGCGCCUUCAAUGGCUAUUCUUCGACUGAUAGCUCCUCGGACUGUUCAGCUUUGGCUGAUAGUUCCACGUCUGCUCUCCUCGGCUGGCAGCUCCUACGACGGCUCCUCUUCAUCUGGCAGCUCCUCUGACUGCUUCUCUUUGGCUGACAGUUUCUCGAACUGCUCCUCUUCGGCUGGCAGCUUCUGGAACUGCUCCUCAUCAGUUUUCAGCUCCAUGACUGCUCCUUUUCGGCUGAUAGCUCCUCUGACUGCUUUUCGGCAGACACCUCCUCUGACUGCUCCUCUUGCUUCUCUUUGGCUGACAGCUUCUCGAACUGCUCCUCAUCAGUUUUCAGCUCCAUGA